AUGACGCUCAACCCCACCCUCCUCACCCCCACCCUCCUCAAACCCCUCCUCCUCCUCCUCAACUCCCUCUUCGUCUACCUAACCCUAACAGACCCGAACCCCAACCCCUCGAAGGCACCCAAGCAACGCGCCCUACGCGGUCCGAUAUACAACCUCUUCCAUCUCCGAUUGAGGGUGUACAGCUGGUACAAGUAUCUCUUCGCGGCGGUAUCCCUCUUAGAGGUUUACUCCAUCCUGACCGCCUCUCAAUCAUCCACAACACCACCACCACAACCCACCCUCCCCCUCUCCUUCCUCCUCCCCACCCUCCUCCUGCACCUCUCCUCCCUCCUCCGCCUUUACUGCUACAAAACCCUCGGCCCCUUCUUCGUCUUCCAACUAUCCACCUUCCCCGCCCAAAAACUCAUCACAUCCGGGCCGUACUCCGUCGUCCGACACCCCAGCUACCCCGCUUUCGUCCUCAUCAUCCUCAGCGGAUUCUUGUGCGUGUUUGCGGAAGGGGGGUGGGUGAGGGGGAGUGGGAUUUUGGAUGAGGGGCUGGUUUUGUCUCUGGACAGCCUUACUCCGAGUCUUAGUGGACUCGGUGGACUCGGAGAGAGCAUCAAAGGAGCGCUCCAAGGACUUGGCGGAACACUAGUACUCCUGGGCUCGGAAGGACGACUGCAGGGACUAGUAUACGUACUCGGAGGUCAAAUAACCAUCCCCCCUCUCAUACUCCAAACCCUCCUCUACACCUUCACACUCGCCAUCGCAGCAGCCACCCUCGGUCUCUGCGCCGGCACCAAAGAGGAGGAAGACCUCCUCGCAAAGGAGUUUGGCGACGAAUGGAAAGAGUACGUGAGGAAGGUACCCUACAAGUUGGUUCCGUACGUUUAUUAG